AGAUCUAAUAGCUCAGGGAAACAUGGCUGAAGUUGAAAGCUUAGAGACUCUCCUGGAGAAAUCAGCCAGUGCUUUAGACGAGAGAGAAGCGUCUGAAAUGAAAAGGAUAUUGUAUGGAGCUCCUACACCUAAGAUAGAGCUCCCACGUGAAGCAGUAGAGAAAGCUGGAGCUGGAAAUUUUGAGCUGGCUGCAUACAAAUUCCCUGUGUCAGGAGAAGAGGAGAGCCGCCCUCGUCGUAUUGUCCGUAUAGCUGUGGUCCAAAACGAAAUAGUGAAGCCAACAACAGCUCCAAUCUCAGAGCAGAAAACUGCACUUUGGGACCGCAUUAAAGAAAUAACGCAUACAGCUUCGCUGUGUGGUGUGAACAUCAUUUGCUAUCAAGAAGCAUGGCCUCAACCUUUUUUCUUUUGCACGCGUGAGAAAUAUCCAUGGACUGAAUUUGCAGAAUCAGCAGAAGAUGGCCCCACGAUAAAGCUAUGCCAAGAGAUGGCUGCCCGUUACAAUAUGGUAAUUGUGUCUUCGAUACUUGAAAGAGAUGCCAAUCAUGGUGGAGUCCUUUUCAAUACUGCCGUCAUCAUAUCAAACAGUGGUAAAGUACUGGGAAAAACACACAAGAAUCACAUACCAAGAGUUGGAGACUUUAAUGAAUCCACAUAUUAUAUGGAAGGUAAUACUGGACAUAAAGUGUUCCAGACUGCGUAUGGAAGGAUUGCUGUCAACAUUUGCUAUGGACGUCAUCAUCCAUUAAAUUGGCUAGGCUAUGGCAUUAAUGGAGCAGAGAUUGUGUUCAAUCCAUCAGCUACUGUUGGAGCCCUCAGUGAGCCAAUGUGGCCUAUUGAAGCACGGAAUGCAGCUAUUGCUAACUCUUAUUUUGUUGCUUGUAAUAACAGGGUUGGAACGGAGACUUUUCCCAACGAAUUUACCUCAGCUGAUGGUAAACCAGCUCACAAAGAUUUUGGUCAUUUCUAUGGAUCAAGUUAUGUGGCAGGCCCCAAUGGUGGCAGGACACCAGGUUUGAAUAGGGUCCGUGAUGGUAUCCUCAUUUGUGAGAUUGACUUAAAUCUUAUACAGCAAAUAAGAGAUAAAUGGUGCUUUCAGAUGACACAGCGUACUGAAAUAUAUGCAAAGUUAUUGGCUGAUGCAGUAAAGCCUGACUUUAAGCCAGACAUUGUGUAUGAGACUACAGAUUAGGAAUAAGAAAUAUACUUAAACUGCUGAAUUUUAGGAACUUAAUUAGUUGUGCUCUUUCUAGUUUUAUUCAUUGAUUUGGUUAUUGUGAUUAA